CAUCAUAAUUUUGUGCCUUCAGCAAUAAGGUAUUCUAUGUCAUGUCGUAUAACCUCCAAUUGGUAAGGUGUACAAGUACAAGCUCGGUUGCGAUUUGCUGAUUGUAAAAUGAAAGGCAUGCAACUUAGAACUGAGGCCCUGUAAUUACUUCUUAGCAACUACUCAACAAACACUUUUACUCGGAAGCCUUGACUGGAUAGACCUUUGUGAUAAAUUUAAGUUCAAGUUUAAGCUAUGGCAGAUAACCAAGAAACUAUACUUUUAAAAAUAAAAGAACAAGGCGAUCUCGUAAGGAAAUUAAAAGCUGCAAAAGAAUCAAGUGAAAAGGCUAAGAAGAAUAAUAGUUCACCCUACGACUUACCAGAGAUUGAUAAACACUUAUGUCAGUACAGUUAUAUUUGUGGCUAUAACCCCAGUUAUUGUGACAUAGAACUGAAGAAUGACUUAGGAAAUAAUAUAGAUUUUAAUAAAUACAAACACAUCAAGAGGUGGUGGUACCAUAUGCGGAGUUUCAGUGACUCUGAAGUAUCAUUGUUGCCUAAAUUGAAUCCUCCCAAAGUGUUACAAAGAGAGAAAGAUGGCUCAACACUUGAUCAGCAGAUUCAAGAGGAAGUAGCAAAGUUAUUGGCAUUGAAGGCGCAGCUGGCUCCUGAAGAUGCUGCUCCUCAGAAGUUUACCCUCAAAACACCAAAGGGUACAAGGGACUACAACCCACAACAAAUGAGCAUAAGAAAUGGAGUACUUGAAAAGAUUAUUUCAGUAUUCAAAAGACACGGUGCUGAGUGUAUUGACACACCUGUGUUUGAAUUGAAGGAAGUAUUGACUGGCAAAUAUGGAGAGGACUCCAAACUAAUCUAUGACUUAAAAGACCAAGGAGGUGAGAUCCUGUCUCUCAGAUAUGACUUGACAGUCCCACUGGCGCGGUACCUAGCGAUGAACAAGAUUAACACUUUGAAGAGAUACCACAUUGCCAAGGUGUACCGGCGCGAUAACCCUGCAAUGACCAGAGGCAGAUACAGGGAGUUCUAUCAAUGUGAUUUCGACAUUGCUGGCCAGUAUGACCCUAUGGUGCCUGAUGCGGAAUGUCUGAAGGUAGUGACAGAGAUACUUGAUGCCCUUCAGAUCGGCACGUAUGUAUUGAAGGUGAAUCAUCGGCGACUGCUCGACGGCAUGUUUGAAGCCUGCGGUGUUCCCGCCGAUAAGUUCAGAACUACAUGUUCCACGGUUGAUAAAUUAGACAAGUCGCCAUGGGAGGAAGUGAGAACAGAAAUGAUAAAUGAGAAGGGCAUAUCUCCCGACGCAGCAGACAGGAUAGGAGAGUACGUUCGAUUGAACGGCAGCGUUGAGCUUGCUGACAAACUACUGCAAGACGAGAAACUGUCCAAAACUAAAGCAGCAGUGGAAGGCUUACAAGGAAUUAAACUGCUGUUGGAAUAUUGUGAACUCUUUGGUAUAAAGGAUAAGAUACUGUUUGAUCUCAGUCUUGCGAGAGGAUUGGACUAUUAUACUGGUGUUAUUUAUGAAGCCGUGUUGACGCAACCAAUUAAAAUCGGUAAUGAGGAGCAAACCGUCGGGUCGAUCGCGGGAGGCGGGAGAUACGAUAAUCUCGUUGGCAUGUUCGAUUCGAAGAAUAAACAGGUGCCGUGCGUAGGAGUAAGUAUCGGCGUGGAGCGCAUAUUCUCCGUGUUAGAGGCGAAGCUAGCGGCCGGCGACAUCAGCGUGCGCACGAGUGACGUGGACGUGUACGUCGCGUCCGCGCAGAAGAACUUCCUCGAGGAGCGCAUGAAGAUCUGCGCGGAACUGUGGAAUGCUGGGAUUAAGACUGAACAAUCUUACAAGAAGAACCCUAAAAUGCUGACCCAGCUACAGCAUUGCGAAGAGAACGGCAUUCCCAUAGCCGUUGUACUAGGCGAGUCGGAACUCAAACGCGGGGUCGUGAAAGUCAGAAACAUCACUUCUAGGCAAGAAGACGAAGUACCAAGGGACAAACUGGUUGAAGACCUGAAGACCAGAAUCGCAGCCUUGAAUGUCAACGAAAUUAACGGCUCUGCGUAGCUCUAACUAAACAGUACAUUUUUAAUGAUUCCUACAUAACCCAGUUUUGUAUUUUAAUAACAAAUAGUGACCUGCCUCCGUGAUAAGUUUCUGAAUUUAUUUUGUGCUAUUAUAAAGUUGAUAGUCAGCUGUCACAAUUCUUUAGAUAUAAACAAAAGUAUAUUUGUAUUUUUAAAUACUUACAAUAUUAUAUUAUAAAGCUAAAGUUGCAUUGAAACAGGAUCGAAUUGAAUUUGAUGCAGCAUAAUCACAGCAUUUUAGGCUUUAACACCAUUGAGUAAUGUUCAAAUUUGUGGAGCAAUAGAUAAAACAAAGGCGACACGAAUUUUCGACUCUGUGUCAAUGUUACUUUAGCUAAAGUGUGCUUUGUUUUUCCAGAUUACGCAUUUUAGUAUUUAUUCAAAUCCAGCAUUGUUAUUUCUUAAAUAUGUUAGUAAGACUUCGGGGUUUUUUUUAGCUAAACUUAUAUUCUGACCGAUUUUAAGCAUUUAAGGUGUGAAAUAUUCUUUGUUUUAAUUUUUAAUAAAUUCCAUGCAAAGAAACGAAGCUUGCUUCGUGCAA